AACAUCCCAGUACUAUCAGUAGCGAAUGAGCCGUUCAUUCCAUAAACAAAAUCGACGACCUCCAGUCGCAUGUGUUUGUUCAAUAGGAGUGUUUACUCGGCAAAUUAUACCGCUCCUCGCAUCGGAAGAGAAGUGUUAUUAUUCAAAGAUAUAACUGUAAACUUCAUCAGGAUGACCCCAAAAUUGGAAGAUGUAUCACCCCUCUUCACCGAAGUUGUGCUGGACGAUAUUAUUCGCGCAAAGGGUGGCAACAAAUGCACUUCGUGGCAGUUCGACGAUGGUGGCUUCGGAAAGGGUGAUUCUUAUUUAAGUGAAGUCUUCCGGAUUUCAUUAGAGGACAAUACGUGUUGUAAAGAUGAGAGCGGCAGUCCCCUGAAGGUCAAACUUGUCGUCAAGAGCAUUCCCAAGAAUGUGGGGAGACGGAAAACCUUUCGCUCGGAUAAUUUUUUCCAGAAUGAGAUUAACUUUUACAACAUUGUCAUGAAGGAAUUUUACGCAUUCCAACAGGCGCGAUGCCCUAAAGCUCCAUUUGACGAAAGUAGUCUGUGUUUGGCAGCAUCCGCGGAUGGGGUGAACGAUUUCAUUGCUUUGGAAGAUUUAAAUCAGUUUGGCUACGCAUCUGCAUCAAGACAAAAUGGUGUAGGCUUGCCGGAAUGCCUGCUAUGUAUGCAAACUCUUGGACGUUUCCAUGCGCUCUCCCUCGCAAUGAAGGAUCAAGAUCCCGAUAAAUUCCACUUCCUGGUGAAGAACAUCAAGGAUACCUACUAUGCAAGCGAGUUUAAGGGAUGGUACAACAAUUUCAUCAAUAUACAAAUUGGCAUAGCGAAAGACGCCGUGAAGCAGGAGUACGGAGGAACCGAAAUUGAGGAAAAAGUUGAAAAGUUUUUCAAUUGUGAUUUCUACGACAAAAUGGUAUACUUUACGCAUACGCGCAAUCAGAACUCUGUUAUAAACCAUGGAGAUUGCUGGAUGCCAAACUUCCUGUUUCUCUGCGAUGCUAAUGGCGUGCCACAGAGGGCAAAAAUGCUCGAUUACCAGUUGGCAAGAUAUUCAUCGCCGGCGCUCGACAUUUCUUUCUUCAUAUAUUCCUGCACUAGUCAGGCACUUCGCGAGGCCCAUUAUGAGGAUAUGCUAAAAUCAUACCAUGAAAGUUUAUCCGAAAUGCUGCGAGAUCUCGGAUCGGAUCCCGAGCAGUUGUUUCCGUACUUCGAGCUACAGAAAGAAAUGCGUGAGUUUGGACGAUUCGGUUGUGGAAUGGGCAUGGAGUCGGUUCCAUUUUCUCUGCUAGACGAAAAUGAAGUUGCCGAUUUGGAUCAAAUUCAAAAAGACGAAGCCGUACCGAUAGAGGGCGUUUGGAAGUUACAAAAGAUAAAAACUCAAGAAGGAAGACGCCGACUUGCUGAUAUUUUCAAACAUGCCAUCUCAUGCGGGUACUUGGAUUAGAUUUAGAUAUAUGCAAUUGAAACGAACACAGUUAUUUACUUGUGGAAUAAUUAAACAUCAGCAUUCUUAAAUAAACCUAAAAUAUCACGAUGAAACAUACAAGAGGACAAUAUCCAAGGGAUGAAGAUUUUAAAGUGAAAACGUAGAAACAAAUUUUAAACCAAACACAAAAACAAUCGUGUAUCUCCGUUUUCUCUAUGUUCAAUGAUUUAUUCCGAUAUGCUAGUUUUUAUUCGAGUGAGACUUGGGAGUCCUAAUUGAAAGCCAAUUAAUUUGGCACGAAACAUUCCCGGAGAUUUAUAACGAAAAUCGCCGGAUGGCGAAAAAUGACCAAAACCCAAAAGAAUCUCCAGAUUAUAAUGUCUUUUCAACAUUAAUGAGCGGUUUAUGUGACAUACGUUAGCUAUGGUAGAGCCCCCUCAAUCAAAUGGUCCCGAACGGUUCAGGUCUUCGAGACUGCCGCCUUUGAACUACAAAAAAUGUCGGUAUCUGGUUGUACCAUAAUGGCCAGUACCUUCACAAACACAUCCCGAAAACAUGCGAUAUGCGAUAUGCGCGGACAAACUCCGAAGUUGGAGCUUCCGAAGGACGAAAGGACUCUAGAAUUCGAGUGAAUGUUUCAGAAUCAAGUUAACACACAUAUUUUUUUCUCUAUUAUAGUGACUUUCAACACAUUUGGUUGGUUCGUCACUUUACUUCCAUCUUUGGAAGAAUGACUGGAGUGAGAAUUGAGCUCGUGAUCUCUGCGUGAGAGGUAUGGAUAUUACCACUACGCCAGAUUGCCUCCACUAAAACACACAUAUGUCGAUCAGGUUGACUCAUGUCUUUAGUUUCAUUGUUGGUUAUUGUGCUGUAAAAUCGAGCGAUGAUGGCAAAAGGGUAAUGAUUAGUCGUUUCGUGUGAGAUAUACUGGAAAGUGCCCUCUGUGGCCAUAGACGAGAUGGCUUGAAAAUAUAAAAAAUAUCGCAUAAAAAUGUUUUUCAAUUGAAGCGAAUUAGAAUCAAACUUCGGACACUAUUUAUGAUAAAAUCAAAUUUCGGAUAGAGUGAAUUCGUAUUUUAUAUUCCUGUACAAUUAUUAAUGCAAUAAAAUCACCAAACAUGCGAAAAUAACAACGA